AUGAGAAAGGAAUUGAAAUACAUCAUUUACGCACACAUUGUUCUAGUAAUAUACCUCCUAUAUCUAUCAUUUGACUUGCUUACACUAUUGCACGAUGAUACAUUUGCUGAUGCAUUGAUUGAUUAUGAAUUGAAUUCACAAAAAUUGGAUAAACCGGCAUUAAUACCGAAAAUUAUCCAUCAAACUUAUAAAAAUGAAAAUAUACCUGAGAUUUGGAAACCAGGUCAACAAGCAUGUAUCGAUUUACAUGAAGAUUAUCAAUAUAUCUUGUGGACAGAUGAAAUGGCACGAGAGUUUAUCAGUGAGGAAUUUCCUUGGUUUUUAGAAACUUGGGAUAAUUACCCAUACAAUAUUCAAAGAGCUGAUGCUAUAAGAUAUUUUGCAUUGUAUCACUAUGGUGGUAUUUACAUUGAUUUAGAUGAUGGCUGUGAACGUCGUUUGGAUCCGUUAUUGACAGUACCUGCAUUUGUUCGAAAAACGAUACCUACUGGUAUUUCCAACGAUGUCAUGGGAAGUGUACCAAACCAUCCUUUUUUCCUCAAGGCAAUGGAAUCAUUGCAUAAAUAUCAACGCAAUUGGUUGGUACCUUAUAUCACCAUUAUGAUUUCAACAGGACCAUUAUUUUUGUCAGUUGUUUGGAAACAGUAUAAACGUUGGGGUAUUCCAGAAGCAGGAAAAGUACGUGUUUUGAUGCCAGAAAAUUACAAGGGGUAUCAAUAUUCAUUUUUCGCCAUUGCUCCUGGCUCAUCAUGGCACAUGAGUGAUGCUAACUUUAUCAAGAGUUUGGCCAACCACUUGGUAUUGGCAGUUAUUGGUGGGUUUCGUAUUGCUCUUGCCAUUUUGGCAGUGGAAUACCUUUUCUACUCAUUUAUCAUUUCCAGUUUCUUUAAGAAAUGUACUGCCAAGGUGGGCAAUCUCAUUUUGGGAGUAGUCACUGGAGUUUUACGCUUUUUCAAUUUGGAUAAAGUUGUUGAUUCUCAUUUUAAAGGGUACAAUUUCGUAUCUAGUUCGCCCAUUGGUAAUGAUGAUGAAGAAUCUCAAUUGGGUGAAGUUAAACCUAAAAAGGGAAUCAGUUUGAAGAAUUUUAUUAAAAACUCCAACAUCAAACGUCGGUCAAGAAAAGAUUCCAAUAUUCCUAUUGAAAUUGAUAUACUAGAGAAAUUGGCUGAUGAUCCAACGACAAUUGUAAUCACAAAUGAUCCAGCACAAUCAUCAACCAUACCGAAAGGUGUGAAUAAUAGCAGAUCCAACAACAGAACAACAACUUCCUCCUCCUUAAGCAGAUCCACUUCAAGCAAGGAUAAAUUGGAAGUUGUUGAAACUUUGAAAAAGAUCAAUUCCUCCGAUGAGAGUGAAUUUGAUAAUGACGAAGAUUCGAGUAAUGAUUCAACAUUUGUUAACGAGUUGGAGACUGAUGCUGAGUAUCUACAAGCAUAUUCCGAUUUAAACACAGAUGCUGAAGCUGAUGUUGAUACUGAUGAUUCUACUACUAAUGAUUACAAAACUGAUGCAAGAAAAUCCCCCUCGCAAAGAGGCAAGAGUGACUCAAUUAAUGGUAAUGACAAAGGUAGUGACAUGAAAUAUAAUGAUGAUAUUGUAUAA